GAAAGAUGGCGAUUGUUAUAAAUUGGAGGUUAUUUAAAUGUGAUAAAUUACAACUUUUUCGUUGUAAAAAAUAUCGCAAUAAUGGUAGCAUCCAUUCGAAAUUUAAAAGAGCAGUCAGUACUCUCAAUGAAUCUGAAUGUGAUACUACAGCUACAUUUUCUAAUGGGACAAAACUUAUUAUCUCUAGUGGAAAGUAUGCUCGGCUUAGUAAUAGCAGUACUGUUGCAUCUAUCGGACAUACAUCUGUUAUGGUAACAGCAGUGUGCAGUAAAAGUAGCAGUAAUAAAUCUAUGCUUCCUUUGACUAUAGAUUAUAGACAAAAGUCAGCGGCUGUUGGUCGUAUACCAACUAACUUUAUGAGAAGAGAUAUUGGAACAACGGAAUAUGAAAUUCUUACUAGCAGAUUAGUAGAUAGAUCAUUACGACCAUUGUUUCCACAAGGAUGGAAUUUAGAAACACAAUUAGUAUGUAAUACAUUUGCCGUUGAUGGGAUUAAUGAUCCAGAUGUAAUAUCUAUUAAUGGUGCAUCCGCUGCUUUGAGUUUAUCCGACAUUCCAUGGAAUGGUCCUGUUGGUGCAGUAAGAGUAGGAAUAAUAGAUAACGUAUUAAAAAUAAAUCCUACUAGACAAGAAAUGCAAGAAAGUAUAUUAAAUCUUAUUGUAUCUGCAACAAGCAAUAAUUAUGUUCUUAUGCUAGAAGGAUCUGCCAAUAAUGUUUCACCACAAAAUUUAAAAAAAGCUAUUAAACAAGGUGUUAAAGAAUGUCAAUCUAUAAUCCAAGCUAUUACAGAAUUACAAAAGAAAUGCGGUAAAAAGAAGAUGAAUUUUACUGUUCCUGAAAUUAAAGAUGUAGAUGGUAUAACUGAAUGCAUAAAGUUAAAUACAGAAAAUAAAAUACGAGAAAUAUUGACUAAUUUUAAACACGACAAGUUAUCCAGAGACAAUGCUAUCUCCGAAGUUCUUGUCAAUGUGACUGAUAUUAUUAUAGAAAAGUAUCCUGAAACAGAACUAAGAGUAAUAGAAAAUAUAUAUUAUAAGUUUGUUAAAGAGAUUUUUAGAUCGCUCAUCUUUGAAACUAAUAUAAGGUGUGAUGGUCGUAAACUACAAGAAUUAAGAAAAAUUACCUGCCAAGUAGAUUUAUUUAAACCCCUUCAUGGUUCUGCACUUUUCCAGAGAGGUCAAACGCAGGUUUUAUGCACGGUUACAUUGGACUCCUUAGAAAGUGCUCUUAAAAUGGAUACAGUUUCUAUGCUAAUAAGUGGUAUGAAGGAAAAGAAUUUCUUUUUACAUUAUGAGUUUCCUCCAUAUGCAACUCAUGAUGUAGGACGUCUAGGAGUUGUUGGACGUAGAGAAAUGGGACAUGGUGCAUUAGCGGAAAAAGGAUUAAGAUCUGUUCUUCCAAAAGACUAUCCAUUUACGAUAAGAUUGACUAGCGAAGUACUUGAAUCUAAUGGUUCUUCAUCUAUGGCUUCUGUAUGUGGUGGGAGUUUGGCUCUUAUGGAUGCAGGAGUACCAAUCUCAUCACCAGUUGCAGGUGUUGCUAUGGGUUUGGUAACCCAAUUCGAUGAUCAAUGUCCCACUCAGAUUACAAAUUAUAGAAUAUUAACGGAUAUAUUAGGGAUGGAAGACUAUUUAGGUGAUAUGGACUUCAAAAUAGCUGGUGAUAAGAAUAGUUUUACAGCUUUACAAGUUGAUGUAAAGAUUGCAGGUGUUCCCUUAAAAAUAAUAAUGGAAACUAUUGAACAAUCUCAGGUUGCUAAGAAGGAAAUCAUUGAAAUAAUGAAUAGAGCACUAUCCGAACCGCGGAAAGAUCAUAGUGAGAAGAUGCCAGUGGUAGAAGAAUUAGAAAUUCCUGUACAUCAAAGAGGAAAAUUUCUUGGAGUAGGUGGUAUUAAUUUGAAGAAGCUUUUCAUUAAAACUGGUGUUCAUAUAUAUUCAAAGAAUGAUGAUAUAUAUACUUUGUUUGCACCUAACGAACUCGCCUUAAAGGAAGCCAAAGAAAUAAUAAAGGAGACGUUACAAAAAGAUCGUGAACCUGUAUUAGAAUUUGGAGCUAUAUACACUGCAAAGAUAGUUGAAAUUCGAGAAACUGGUGUUAUGGUUACACUUUAUUCUAGUAUGACACCUGCGUUGUUAGUUAAUUCUCAGUUAGAUCAACGUAAAGUUUUUCAUCCUAGUGCUCUUGGUUUAGAAGUUGGACAGGAAAUAAAAGUUAAAUAUUUCGGUCGUGAUCCGGUUUCAGGUUCCAUGAGACUAUCACGGAAAGUUUUACAAGAUCCCAUCACUGUUACAAAAACAUUAUCGUGAAAUUAAAACCAUAUUAAAUUGUGUACAAUUUAUAAAAGUUCCAUCAAACAAACAUACAAACAAAUUUAGGACAGUUUAUAUUAAUUUUAGUUAUACGAUAAAAAUGAGUUCUUAUUAAUUAUUGUUUCUAAACGAUUCCUUUAUAAUAUAAUAUACACAUAAUGUUAUCAUGAAAGACCGAAAUUGAAGAAUGUCUACAGUCACAUGAUUGUUUGUUGUAUGUCCGAAAUAUUAAUUGAUAAGAAUAAAUAUAUAUAUUCGGUCUUUCACCGAGGUAUUUCAUAUGUGUUGACAAGUGACCAUGUGAAUCUUGACAUUCUCCAAUUUCGGUUUUUCAUGUUAACAUA